AUGCCCGGUCUUAAAAAUUCGCAAGCAGAUAUCACUGCUAUCUCGGAACACCAUCGAAUCGCAACUACUACGUCUUCCGCCGAGCUUAGGAUUGAGAUUUAUCACUACACAUUAGGCGAAACUACCUUCUACGAUGUGAGGUAUUCUGAUCCAAUCCUGGCUGCCAACCUUAAGGCUUAUCCCGUUUUCCUCACCACCUGCAGCCAAAUACACACAGAAGCCCGCCUAAUACCGUUCGAUCAUUAUGAGUUCUACACUCCAGUGGUAGAUCUCAUGGUGUUCUGUCUUCGGUUUACCCUUAUUCAGCGUGAGGCUAUCCGCUUCUUAUGUCUAAGUGUCCCUGAAGGGAUGCUUGAGUUUAGUGCGUCACUGUGGGAAGAGCGGGGCUACAAUUUCCUGACCGUCUUGUUCCCUAAUCUACGAAAGGUCGUGCUGGAUGACGAGCACUUGCAUGGCGAUUACGAGGACUGUGUCUAUUAUUUCAAGGAUGCUUUGGAGAUGGAGCGCAAAGAGUGGGAGGCGUUCGUACGCUGGGUACGCAAAGAUAGGAAGGAGACUAUGGAAGUGGAGAUUCGAUUACUGAUCGAGUCCUGA